AUGAUGAUAAUUCAAUUCCAAAAUUCAUUGUCAGCAUUCCACCAAAUAAGUCGGGCAAAGCAUUCACUGGCAUGGUCGCUCAGUGUAUUGAUUUUCUCUCUUUUGAUUGCUACUUCUUCCGCGGGUAGGUCGUUUCAGUCCAGCUCUGAUUCUGCUUCUUAUAUUACUACUAUCCCACACCCAGCAUUGCAGUUUUCCGAAGAAGAACAUGCAAGUCUUGAUCGUCGUCUUGGAAAGGGGUUGGUGUUGAGAAACGAUGCGAAAGACAACAAACUGAGACCACCAUCAUCAUCAUCAUCAGCAGCAGCAGCAGCAGUAGAUAUUCAACCAACCCAGUAUGACGACCGCAAAAGCGAGUGGGAGAGCCGAUAUACCAGUCUCAAGAGCCUUCGCAAGGUUUUUGGCGGAAACAGAAAUCGAUUGUGGGGCGAUUUGGACCCUGGUUCGGCACGACGAUUGUAUCGUUUUCUAAUGCCCCGUGUGCUCAUGGAACUGGUCAAGAGCGGCGCACAACCCGAGGAAUUAGCACCACUCGCCUACAAGGCGAGGGUUGCAGCCAAGCUAUAUGCUCGCGAACGAAGUACGGUACCAGCUCGUCUUGCCGCCACUGUCUACGAUGGGAUCCGACAAUUCAAGCGCUACGGGCGUUUCCAGGCCCAUGGAAUGACCUACGAACAAAUUUGGGACAAAUAUCAACAAGUUGUCAUGAACGAUAGCGCUUGCCGAGGAGACUACGACGGCUUGUUGACCGAGAAGGAUUUGAAAUCGAAAAUAUCCCUCAAGAUUCUGGAACGAAGUUGUAGCACCAACGAGAACAUUGAUCGCAAAGUUUUACCACCAGCCGAUAGUCCUCCAAGUGGUUUUCUCUUGCGAGUAUCGGAAACCUUGGAAACUGAUGUUCGAAAACUUUUGGAUACAGUGUCUCAAUAUAGAAAGAGGCGACGAAAAUCUUUUGGAGAAUCUGGACAAAACGAAAGAAGAGACAUGCGUGAUAUAUCAUUUUAA